AUACUUUAGAGGCUAAGACCCUUACAUACAAGAAAUAUAAGCAAGAUAGUAUGGAAACGUCUAGUAUAGAUAACCCAGAGUUCAACAAAAAAAAUAAAAAGGCAAGAACUUCAGCUACUGAAGAAGAAGAAGAAAAUUUGGCUGAAAUUUGA